CUCGUUAGCGAGUGCUAAUGAAUAUUCAUAAAAGUGCCUGAGAGCAGUGUUUACACCGGUGUGCACGAACAGUUGGAAAUGGUAGUAAGAUGGCGGCGUUGAAGGAGGAGCAGUAUUAUGGACUGUCCUGUGGAAGAGUGAGCGAUGGCAGCAAUAUAUCUGUCUACCACGUCAAACUUACUGACAGUGCUUUAAGAGCCUUAGAAGAUUACCAGAGCAGCAAGGGACUUUCUGCUCAACCAGUAAUUAGAUUUACAGGAAGUCAGGGGAAAAUCUCAAUACCCCAGUCUGAGAAUCAAAAUGACCUGCGAACCUUUACCUUCUAUAUGUCUAAUGUGGGGAGAGAUAACCCUCAAGGAAGCUUUGACUGCAUCCAGCAGUACAUUACAAGUGGAGGUAGCGUACACCUGGACUGCCUGGGAGGGAUCCAGAAUAAAAUAACAGUGUGUGCCACAGAUGACUCGUACCAGAAGGCCCGACAAAGCAUGGCUCAGGCUGAGGAGGAGACACGUAGCCGGGCUGCAAUUGUCAUCAAACCAGGUGGCAGAUAUCUGGGUAAACGGGUUCAAAUACGGAAACCAAUAAUGGCUGUCUCAGAUGUGGCCCCAUCGCGACGUGCGCCACGUCCUGUGAUCAUUUCCAGCAGCACAAGGAAGAGUACAACACCACCACGCCCACUCAGGGAGCGCAUAGUCCACUUACUUGCUCUUAAACCCUACUGCAAAGCAGAGCUGAUAGCACGACUUACCAAGGAUGGCAUUUCGGCUCAGGACAAAGACACUCUGGACAUCCUUCUACAACAGGUAGCUAACCUAAAUAGCAAAGACAAGACACUUACAUUAAAGGACUGCUUGUUUAAGGAUGUUCAGAAGGACUGGCCUGGUUACACUGAAGUAGACCAGCAAAUUCUAAAGAGGAUUCUUGUACGGAGACUCUGCAAAGCUAAGAGCAGUGGUCCCGUCAGUGGGGAGAGUCCAGUCAGCCCACACAAAGAGCAAGCCAGCAGCUCCCCAUUUCAGAAAAGAUCUGCUGCAGACUUCACUGACCCCUUGGCUAGCAAGAAGCCCAGGAUAUCACACCUGGCAAACAAGGGAACAACACCCAUCAAUGGAAAAUUAAGCACUUCAAACGGGAAGGAAUCGUGUGGUUUAUCAAGUGUGGGGCUUCCACUGCUGGAUAUUCCUCGGUCCUUUGAGCCACUGUCAGAUGUCAGCAAUGACUCAAGCCACAAUGGCCGGUACUGUGAAAUCCAAGAGGCAUCUGUGGUUGAGAGGUUGACCCAAACAUCUGCCUACACAGGGAGCUCUACACAGUCAGAGGCUGUUUUGGACUCUGCACCUCUGGGGCCAUGCAGCCCAGAUGAUCUCCAAGGCUGCAGUAAUUUACCCUUUCUCCAUGUUAAGUCCAAGAAAAAGUCAAAAAAAUACAAGAAUAAAGACAAAUCCAAGAAAAAAGAUCAGGAAGGGGGGCGAGCCUUGAAGAAAAAGAGAAAAGGAGUGAAGGAAUGUGGUGGAGUUAUGACCAGUCCAGACCUGAGUGUGAAUAGUAUUCCACAAAGGAGCACAGAUCUAAAUGGAUUGGGCAACAGCUCUACUAUUCUUACAUCUUCAUCUGAAAUGGUAGAUUAUUUACUAAAAUACACUGAAAUUAGCUCACAGGAGCAGCGACAAAGAUACAAGAAUGACUUUAAUGCUGAGUACAGUGAGUACCGGGGGCUUCAUGCACGGAUAGAGGGCAUCACCCGGCAGUUUACAGUGCUGGACGCUGAGCUCAAACAGCUCCAACAAGGCACAGAAAAAUACAAGACAAUCCACAAUCAGAUACUUCAGGAGUAUCGCAAAAUAAAAAAGACUAAUCCCAACUAUAGCCAAGAAAGGAACCGCUGUGAAUAUCUCCACAACAAACUGGCACAUAUAAAGAAACUUAUAGCAAGAUACGAUCAGCAGCAACUUCAAUAGUGGAACUAACCAUAUUUUCUUUUCCCAUCUGAAAACCAGCUAUUAAGGGAUACAUUUCUGGAUUGUCGAAAAGUUGUAUGCCAUAAAGGGAGCAUUCUAACUCAUGAAGAGGUCCUGGUGCUUGUAAGGGCACUAAACACUUUUUACCUUUUGUGGCAUCAGCUAUUUAGUAUCUGUCUCAGAGCACACAGGUAGGAGUAGGACACAGGUAUUUCUUUGCUUGGUAAACUGGGCAACAGAAAUAGAUUUAGCAUGUUUUACUUUUUAUUUGGUAAGAACAUAAGGGGGGAGUCAUGUUUUAUGCGUAUUAAAAAGGUACUUGUAUUUAUUUAUUCAUCUUUUGUCCUCCCUGUGGAUAUACCAAAUCUGUUGUUUAGUCCUGACUAAAAGCUGUAAACAUUUUUCCCCUGCUCUAAAAUCAGUUUUGUAUACAAAUGCUGCCUUUGGGUCUCAUGCAGUCCAUAGUCUGUGUUUUAUUAAUUUUAUGCAGAGACUCAGCCAAAUAUCUCAAGCCAAGACUGUUUACCCCUUUCCAGAUUAUGUGCAAUGUUGUACAGGUGUCUUGUGUGCAGUGGAUGUUGAUCAUAUGUGUACAUCACGAACACUUCUAUCUGUGCUAUCUGAGUCUUUGACAGACUUGACUGAAUGCUGUUGAACUAGGGUUGUUUCAAUCACACAGAAACAGGGAAAUUAUGUUGCUUUAAGUUACUUUUUAAAAACACCUAAUUUAAGUGUUUUAGGCUGGGCAUAUUUUCAGAGCUGUAGUUAAUCACUUUAGUAAGUCAACCAGUAUUAAAUGUGGGCAGCAACAUUCAACAACACCUUUAAAGUAGUGCACUCAUGGAGAGAUUCAGAGUUAAAGUCAGUAUGUGAUUUAGGCUUAUUAUUACUGUGCUCCUUUUUUAAACUGUAAAGUUUAUACAACUGCAACCGGGAAAAUGUCUAAAACCUUUUUUGUCACCAUAAAAAACAUGCAGUAUUCUUCUUGAUCUACAUCAUGUCCUACCUGCCAGCAUUAUGGGAAGACUGUUUAUUAUACUGUAUCAGUAAUCACAAGUAUUUAGCUUUAAAAUGCAUCCACUUUGAGGUCAAAUUUCAAAUAUCAUGCACUUUGAGGCCUCCAAAUAAUGAUUUUGGAAUCAAAACCUUGAGAAUGCUGUUAAGUUUGUCAAAGCAUCCAUUUAAUUUCUGUUACUGAUUUAUUGCAUCUCUAUUAAAAUUUUGCUUUUUUGCACAGCCUCUUGUUGUUACUUUUACCUGGGGUUUGUUGCAAGUUUAUGCAAAUUUAUUUAUAAAUUUUUGUCAUGUUUGUGCAUGUUUCUUUAAUUGCUUUUAAGAAAGAAAAGACCAGCACUUACAUUAAAGUAUUGUAUUGCUUCGGAAUGGUAUUCCACAUCACACAAAGACUUCUGAGAUAUCCACAAAGGUUGGAGAGGUGGCCCUCUAAAAAUUCAAUUUAGUAUAUUUCUGGUGAUUACAGUAUUGACUUGGGGCUCCUAAAACUUUGAUGGUACAUAAUGCUGGGCUGGUAACUAAAAGGUCUUCAUGUUUAGCCUCUACCCAAAAUUAUUUACCGUUUAUUAUUAUUUUACAGACCCUUUCACUUUUAUCAUUUGAAUUGGUGCUCAGUGUUCAAAUUCAAUAAUUAUUUUUGUUUAAAUGAUUUCAGUCAAUACUUAAAAAACAUAAAUUCUUGUGCCAAAAUAGCCUGUUCACAUGCUAAAAUAGCCUGUUGUGUAUAGUUUUGUAGAAUAAUAUUUGCUGCCAUUUUAGCAAUGAUGAGUCAUUGUAAUAAAGGAUUUAAUGUUAAUGCUAAAACCCAAAACUUACAUUUGGAAAUAAGUGAUUGGGGCUACAGUUUGUCUUACAAUGUCAAUAAAUACUUUUUUAAAUAAUCCCUUUUUUUGGGAGAUUUUGUUUUUUGUACAAGAGUAUUAACUGAUAGAACAAGGAAUUAAAAAAAAAAUGUUUAAUCCACUACAUUGAAGCAUUGUCCUGCAGUCUUAGUGGAACUGCUUUAAGGAAAAAAAUAGUUUGUUAACCUUUUUAACCCUUAAAAUAUGUAACACAUACACAAUUUACAUUACUUAUCCACAACUUUGAAUGUAUAAAACAUGCCUAUGCACUGUUAAUUUCCUAUGUCUGUACAGAAUAUAAUAUAAACUUGUAUUUAUAUUACAAACCCCUUUUCCAAAAAAGUUGGGUUUUUUAAUAUGCAAU